AUGAGUCCAAAGAAACCAUUCAUGCUCCCCAAUGAGAUGGCCUACGCUCGUUGGAUACAUGCUGGUGGUGGUUCCCGUAACAAUAAUCCCUGCCACUCUUCCAUAAAUUUGGACAAUGACCAGCCGCGCAGUUUCGAGUCUUUUGUUCUGUCUCCUGGAGAAGAGAAAGUCGAGGUCGAGGCCGAUACUCGCAUUCCAUCUUCCUCUAUUUUCACUUUCAACAAAGAGGACCACACGCUCGGCAACCUCCUCCGCUCCCGUCUUCUGCAGAAUUCUCAUGUGAUCUUUGCUGGUUACAAGGUCCCCCAUCCUCUAGUUCCCAAGUUUGAACUCCGCGUUCAGACUGAUGGCGAGAUCACUCCUAAGGAUGCUCUGCUCGCCGCCUGUCAUGACCUUGUCAAGGACCUGGGCAUCCUUUCCCGCGAAUUCACCAAAGAAUACGAGCUGCGUAAGAUGGUCGGGGCUACCCAGCAGCAGCAGAAUGGUACUGCAGAAGGUGCUUAG